GUAAAAUAGAAAGCGAACUGAAAUCGCCGAGAAAACCACUUGUUCGAGGCGUCGGAGUUGAUUCCGGCAACCUUCAUCGGACGUGCCGGAAAAAAAUAUUUUUUAUCGUUAAAACUGAAAUAUAUUUACGAAAAAUAGUUUUCUUACGACCUGCCAAGAAAUACUUGUAUUUUUUUCCUCGCAUGUGAGUCACCAUUCAUUCAUCGUUCGAACAUUCUGUCAACUAUUGAUUCUAAAGAGCAUAGAAGACUGUUUUGUUGGAGACAGCGAAGCAGACCUUUAAUGAACUUGCAUCAAAUAGAAAAAAGAAAUGAUUGCCAAGAAGAGUAGCAUCGGGUCAACUUCUAGCCCUAAAGCGAAGCCGUCAACUACAUCUUCAUGGCCUCUGCCAAGUUUACGACUGGUGAUAGUGUGUGUUUCACUGGCUGUAACACUCACCAUGUCAGCGAUGAUUAUUUUCGUAGAUGUCCGCGCACCGACGUUGGCUGAUAUUUUUCUGUCUACUAUGUAUUUUCCUCUAGGUCAAGGAUUGCAGCUUAAAGCUCGGCGCUGGUCAAAUAACAAGACUGAGUGCUUGCAAUUUUUUAAGACGAGAGACGAAAAUUUCAGGCGAUUUGACGGGUUACAGUGCGGUCAUGCAUUUUGGUUGAGUACUGCGAAUAUAGAAGAAAAAGACCGCUACGUGAAAAAGAUUGCGACUCAUUAUAAACUGUUCGAGAGGGAGUCGCUGGCUAGCAAGUAUUUCACCGAAUAUUGGCACGAAAAAUCCAAGGAUCCGUUACCAACAAGUUUUUAUAAUGAGGAAACUGAGAACGCUCCUAGGGCUGGCAAUGAAUUUCGCGCUUUUCGCUGGGAUCCCCUUGUUCCACUGCCAGCAGAGUUUUCAUCGACUACAGGAGAUAACCCUUGGAUCCAUAGGGCCAUGGCUACAUCUCGUCACAUAAUUUAUAUUUUCAGGUGAGAUACAUAAGGUUAGAACUUUAAAGGUCUCAAGGGAAUCAUUAGAUGCAAAAGGCGUCUGUAUUAAUGAUAAUCACAAGGGACUGGUUCGGUUUGAUGUAUACUUUGUUGUACAAUCGGAGGGUAAGUCGUUCGGUCAAAUAUAUUUUAAUUCCCCGGAUACGUGCUUGCGGCAAUUUUUGAUACCUGUUCAAUAUUAAAACCAUAUGGACUAAGUCUAUUACUUUUUUGCUCUCUCGGUGCCUUUUUGGAUCUGAGUUUUUGCCAUUCGACAUACGCCCAUUAUACACUUAAAGAUUUCGUAAGUCUACGGUUGCAGUAGUGGCUUUUAGGCUGGCAGUUAAAAAAUCAUCCAAAAAAAAUACUGUAUUAAAAAACAACAAAAAAAAAGUUCGACAGCAUUUAAAUGUGGAACUUCGGAGCAGAGGCAGUAUGUUCAUAUUGUACUUAAACUCAAUAUCCGGUAGUUUUUGACAAUUUUAUACUUUAUUGUCGGUUGGCAUGCGCUUUGAACAAAGAGCUGUCAAAUUACUCGAAUUUUGGACAUUGUCUCUAAUUGAACGGUUCAGAAUUGCUAAGUUGUCAAGAAACCACUUAAAAUGUUGUGUAACGAUCGCUUUUUUGACAUGGAUUUUGAGGAAUAGAUAUUAAAUGUUAAACUGCGCUGAAAAUAAUUACUUUUGUUUUGUUUAUACUGUUAGUGCUCACUUUGCUCUUGAUUAAAUAAGGCAAGGUUUUAAAAACACUUACUUUACUUGAAACUGAAAUAUCUCUGUCAAUAAAUGAGAAACAAUAUCCAAUUUUUACUGAACUUUUUUAACAAAACCAUUAAGAUUAAUAUUACUUUUUAGGAGAUAUUAGAGGACUAACCCUAACUCAUUUUAGAGGAAGAAAGCAGGACCUUGUAUCGAUCUUUUUAAUUUGGGGGUGGUUGCCAGUAAGUCGGUAUUUAUAUUUCCGCACAACAUAUGCCAGCUUAAUUGAUUGGGAUAAUUAAAAAAAACAAACGAUAUUUGUGCAAAUUAAACCAAAAUGAGAAUACUCACACUAUGUCUUGGCAAAACUUGUUAUUUCUGUGCAAACAUUUUCAGGUUUGUGUCAAGUUAUCAACUGUUCUUUAAAAGUUUUACAGCGAUAUCAAAUCUAAACACCAUUUUAGUAGUACCUAAUAGCACAAAUAUCCCCAAAGAACUGUCAGCUGCAAAAGCGAUCUAAUCUUUCGUUGCUGUUGACUGAAAUAUGGGUCAACAACAGACGCAGCACAGUUUGAUGGCAAUACCAAAAGUGUUUAAUUCUCUGAAUUCUACAGGUUACACAUCUCAACAUCAUGCGAUUCCCCGAAAACACGAGUCAUUUAAUUUGUUUCUUAGUCCUCAACUUGUUUUUUUCUUGUUGAAACAUUUUUUUCGUGGUAGUGCAACCAAAAGUAGGGCAUGUAAAUUAGCGCCGCAGCGAAUUAACAUUUUCAUUGCUUUGUUCAAACUGGUGAUAUAUCGUUUGACAUACACAAGGUUUCUCAGUACCAGGCAAAUACGAUUGAUUAAAAAACCAGAGCGCAAAGAGGGUAACUGCAAUUAAAGGAAACUUUCUUCAUAUUAAAAUAGGUGACUAUACCAAUAAACUGGCUUUCACAAUACCGUCCGAUUUUCUAUAAAAAAACCCCAAACAUUUUGACUUAUUCAAUUAAGAGAAAGCAAAUAAAAAGGAAGGAACUAAUUGUUAUGUUGGGUAGAAAAUGCACAAAUAAUCAGGACCUCUCUUAUAAGUCAGUCUUGUUCGUACUUUUUAAUCCAUUAACCUUCAUUUACAGCUUGCACACAUUAUCAAUUUUUAAACGGAAAUUAAGUUAUUCUCUUGUGUUAAAACUGAAACAACUUUCAAUAAAACAACCCAUCAAAAUACGCAAUAUUUGAAAUAUAGGAGGCGUUAAUGACAAUCAAUAAUAUUCAACACUCCCACGCCCUUCGAAUAUUUAAAGACACUUUGUCGAUAGCAUAAAGAGCAAAAAACUAGCAAAUGAAUAAAUAAGUAAAAAUAAUAAUGAUGAUGAUGAUAAUGAUGAUGAUGGCGAUCACACUAAUGAUAGCAUUUACAUUACUUUAUAACAUUUGAACAUGAUCAAUGAAAUUUAUCAUAAGAUGACCAACUAAUUCUGAAUGGAAUAAUAUUGAAUGGAAUCAGGGAAGAAAUGAACACCAGAAUGCAAAUUUUCCACGUUCUUCGCUCAAGCAAAGAAUCAGUUAAUCAAAAUCAUUCAGGCACAUAGGCGUACUGGCCGCGGGGGCGGCCAAAACGCCCAAAGUUUGGGCAACUCAGAUUUUUUGGGCAGCAAGAGAAAACUUGGGCAAAGCCAAUUUUUAAAGACGUUUCCAUGUUUUUUAUUAUAAUAUAUUUUGAAGACACAAAUAUUUUCUAUUUUAACCAGAAGUUGGCGUAAUAAUUCACACGAGAGAGUGGUUGCCAAGCACGUGAUGAGUUUCUGGUUAUAAGGGAAGGGUAUCAUAUGCUGAAUUUUUUUGUUGUUGUUGGGCACUGUACUUCACUGUACUAGCUGGAGUGGGCUAUUUCCAGUCAUGAAUUGAUUAGAAUAAACUUCCGCAUAACUUUCUAGAAUCACCUCCGCUCCUAGAACAGUGUGUGGCAGAACACGCAUCAGCAAUGGGUCUGAAAGUGAAGUGGCUGACUAAUUUUCAGUUUGAAUUACGAGAAGAAUCAUAAUUUUCUUGAAAAAAUCUAUCGAGGGUUUAAAAAUUAUUCACUAAUUUGUUUAAGUAGACCGAAAUGUUUACGAAACUCCUAACAAGAUCGAGCGCUAAUCAAAUCCUUCCUUAUUAGCAAUUGGCAGGAGCUAUCUCCAUGAUCUUUCAUACACGUUUUUAAUAAGAUUGAAACUCCGUUUUCUAAACAUCAAGAUUUUCCUUUUUUACCUUAUUUCUAACAAUAAAAACUUCAUCCCAAAAUAUCUCGAUAACGCUCUUACAGUUCCGUUUUAACUUCACGAACAUCGAGGCGACUAUUAGAGGAAAGAGCUUCCCUGAACGAUUUUGUAAGAACAGUUCCCAGUGACAAAUAUUGCUGCAAGUAUAAUAGGUAAUGGCGUCAUUUCGUUGCUAUGACAGCUCCGAUGUCAGUGCAAUCCUGAUCAUGACAAAUUUCCCUCUUUAUCUAAUACAACAGUGGCAAUUCUUUCCAAAUGCUUGUUUGUGGCGACGUAGUUCUAACUUGGCAGGUAUUGACUCUGAAAAACUGUAUCGAGCCACUUUCAUAUGCCAGUACGGCCUAUUUUGUUGCAUGGCCCUAGUUUCCUUUCGACUGUUUUGUAAAAAUUUGGGCAACUUGCAAGAAUUUUUUGGGCAAAUGGAUUACCGCUCCCCCUGGCAAAAAAUUGCCCGUACGCCUAUGUUCAGGUAGUCAAAUGAUAAAUGAAUAAACAAAUAAUCAUAUAAAGAAAUGAGUCAGCCAGGCAGUUUAUCAAUUAGUCAAUUAAUUAAUCAGUCAGUCAAUCAGCAAUCAAUCAGUAAGGAAGUCAGUUAAUUAAUACGUAUGUUUAAGUAUUGUUUAAGUUGUUUAAGUAAAAGGAGCAUACUACUUAUUGUUUUUAAAAAUGUACUUUUCCCACUUUUAAAGUUGCUGUCAGUAAAGCAGGGCAUAUAAAAGUAAGAUACUAGUCGGUCUGGUCUUCUUGUCCUACCCUUUAACCCAAUAUUUUGCCCUAACGGUCGCUAUAGCCGUCACCUUGGGAAUAAUCAAACAUAUUGCUGGGGUAGUUAUAUCUCAACAUCCUCAGAAGUUUAUUUAAGAAGCUUCAACGCCUAUUUAAGGCUUCUGACACUUUUAAUGUUUUUCUCAAGUUUUGAUAAAGAUGGCUGGCAGUCAUCGAAACUGUCAGCAUCAUUAAGACGUUAAGACUGGCUAUGUUUUAAGAACAUUUAAAUCGAUUUAUCAACUUCACUAGCCUGAUGAAUUUCUUCAAGAGUAUAUCUCAACGUGUUUCCUUGACAGAAAAGUUUUAAUGCUAUCUUUUGUAUUCCAGGCAACGUCGUGUUUUUGCCCGACUAUUAGUACAGGGGUUUAAUAACAGUAAAGACCCCAGACUUGGGGUAGAGUUUGCUGGAAGGUAAGGCAAAAAUCUUUGCUCUAUCAUUUUUACGAAGCCGAUUUCAUAUCUGAAGUCCCAAAGUGUCCCUAAAUAACCUAAGCCUUUGAAACAUAAAAUAUUGGAUCAAUGAGUCCUGGACUGUCCGCCAUUGUAGUAUUCUUAAAGUAACAACGGUGAAAUACUUUUAAAAGCGCAAAGGUUCUCUUGGCUUUCUGCAAAAAGUAUGUCCAAAUUACAUGCCAUAACGUUCCUUGAAAAUGCAUUUGAUACAAGGCUGAUGUCAACGUAUUAUGCCAACAUAGCUUUUAGAACCGUAUCAUCUCAUCCCAGUAUUUAACUACUACUAGGAGAUAAAGUACGUGUUAACGCAAAGUGAUUAAGUAAAGGUCCAGAUAAAAAGGAAAGAACCAAACACAAUGAACACGUCGGAAUGUAAAAAGGUACUACUGUACUAUUGUCUCUACUACACUUCUGAUUGGUUUAAACAUCAAAUUUUCCCAAGCAGCAUGUAUAUUAAUCCCUUGUUUUCUAAGCAACUGCCUCAUAACAAAAUCUCGUCCAACUAACACAGAAAUCCUACGUGAGGAACAUAUAAAACUGUAAACUUUUCUUGGCUGUUGUUUGCAACUCUUAUGAUUGGUCGGAAUCUUUUGACACACACAAAAAAACACCCGUUUAUUUCGUAAACAACCUAGGUUUACUACGUAGGCUUAUGCAUUCUCUGUGUGAAAAUGAAAACAAUCCUAUGUGAGGAAAGUGCAUUGCGCCCCGCGUAACAAAAGAAACUGUUCAGGGUCUUUCCCGUAUCAUAAAUUAAAAUCACCUAAGUGAUAACGUUCGUUUCUUAACACUGCGUUUUAUAUCAGGCUUUCGUCUCUUAUGUUAAACUAUUAUGUCAAAGUAGCUUAACUGUAUCAUCCUAUCGCAGUAUCUUACUACUACAAAAUUAAUAGGGAAAAAAGGAUAACCUAUGAGGUGAUUGUUUGGUUAGACAAAACAAAACAAAACAAAUGAAUCACUAUUGAGAGCUAGAAUAAUAAUCUUGCUGAUGAUAUUUGUUAUAAUGUUUAAAAUAAAACUGAUUGUCACCUUGUUCUUUCUCAGGUUGGCAGGUGUUAUGGCAGAGCUGAUAGAAGAGAAUGAACCCACCCCCUUGCGGAAGUUUUUACUGAAUGUACAGUGGGGUAUACGGUACAUUAUACGAGCCACACCCCUUCUAUGCGCGCAUAAAUGUGAGUAUUUACAUUCACUCGACUUAAAAUUUCAUUUACAAAAUAAAGUUCAAAAUAAAUUAAUGUAUCCCUAGCCGGAAUACGAAGUGUACAUAAAUGUAGGAAUAAAAUCAUCAUCUAUAACACCCUGUUUAGACUGAUAAAAAUUACCAAAAUCCUUAAAAACGAGUCUAUCGUUUUUAGGAGACUAGGCGUAUAAAGGAUCAUUGCCUGGUUAAAAAUAUAUAUUUAUAAUACUUAGAAAUAAUUCAUGCGUAGGGUCUAUUUUUAAUUACACUGUACAGUCAAUGUUUGUUCCUGUGGAGAAAGCUAUGUAAGACCGAGUUAUGAAGAGCAACAAAUAAACGUAAGUUCUUUAUUUCAUUGAUAAUUAUGUCUUUUGAUUACAGUGUCUACUGCUCUGUCUAUUUUGUCACAUUGGACCAGUGAGCUUCUAAACUGCACUUGGUCCUCACUGCGCAUGUCACUAACUUCCCAGUUGUUUGCCUGCUGGAGGCAUUUGAAUGGUAAGCAUACUUAUGUCAGAUACAGUACAUGCUUUACGCAUUUCUCAUCGAGUCAGUGGCUGAUUGCCUAAAACGGGCUGGCCAAGUUUGCCGAUGUUAUCGACUGUUUAUCCCGAUAAUUAAAACAUGAAGACAGCCAGCCCUGACCGGAGCCACCAUAUGUUUGCCGACAGAUUGUGUGUUACCCGCUGUUGUUUUGCUGGUUUGGUUCUCCAAGCUGGCCUGGUAACUGAGCAUGAUUACAGUCUCAGCCCGGUUAGACUGGAUACCGGCAUCACGAUACUCAGGGAUCUAACCGGGUCUCGGCUCAGCCGUCAUGUUAUCACAAAGUUGAUCUUUGUAAUAUUUACUUUUAAAAAUAAUGUGACGAGAUAUCGACAAACAGUAAACCGGCCCAGCCCAGCUCAUGUAAUCAGUCCCUUAUAAUGCACACGAUAUAACUAUUCUUGGUCAGCACAAUCAAGCCAAAAGAGAACCAUCCGCUUAUGGCUCGGUCAUGUUUUUCCAAGCUUUUCCUUUGCUUUUUGAAAUUCUUGCUUUUCCAUACUUGUUUAAUAAUGCACCAUAUUAAUAAUUUGUCUAGGAUCAAGUUUGGGAGACCUGCACUUCUUUGGUGUAGCAAUGUUGCUCUUAUUUCUUCAUAAACUACACAUGGUUCUUACGGUAAGAACAUCUUAGUUUUAAAUAUUGAGAGACCAAAGAAAGGUGGCUCUCUUUAAUGUUUAAGCUUUUAUUGGCAGCAUUCGAAAAAAGAAGCUUCUUUAUUUAUUUCAAAACGUAUUUGACUGGAAAGAGGCAUCUCUUUUUCAAAGGUUGUUUUCUUUUGUUUAAUUUUCAGCCAUAUGAUCAGAUGGACUUUUCUCAAGUGAGGUGUCAGAGUAUGUUGAUGUCCGCCAUCGAACGUGCUCGAAGACAAAACUUGCUCAAUCAGGAUUUGUUCUUACAGCCAAGCUAAUUUAUUCUUUAACAGAAGUAAAAAUGUCUUUGAUACCUGAAAAGAGAGG